CCUCGCCGAAGCCCUCCGCCGCCCGCGACCCGCCGGACCCCCCGGCCCGACCCCGCCGCCCGCUCAAGAUGUCGGCGCGGACGCCAUUGCCCACGGUGAACGAGCGGGACACGGAGAACCAUACAUCUGUGGAUGGAUAUACUGAAGCACACAUCCCGCCGACCAAAUCAAGUAGCAGACAGAACAUUCCCCGGUGUAGAAACUCCAUUACGUCAGCAACAGAUGAACAGCCUCAUAUUGGAAAUUACCGCUUACAGAAGACAAUAGGGAAGGGAAAUUUUGCCAAAGUGAAAUUGGCAAGACAUGUUCUAACAGGUAGAGAGGUAGCUGUGAAAAUAAUAGACAAAACUCAGCUGAACCCUACCAGUCUACAAAAGUUGUUUAGAGAAGUACGAAUAAUGAAGAUACUGAACCAUCCUAACAUAGUGAAACUGUUUGAAGUUAUUGAAACAGAGAAGACACUUUACUUAGUCAUGGAAUACGCAAGUGGGGGUGAAGUAUUUGAUUACUUAGUUGCCCACGGAAGAAUGAAAGAGAAAGAGGCCCGUGCAAAAUUUAGGCAGAUAGUGUCUGCUGUUCAAUAUUGUCAUCAAAAAUGCAUUGUUCACCGUGAUCUUAAGGCUGAAAACCUUCUCCUUGAUGCUGAUAUGAAUAUUAAAAUUGCUGACUUUGGUUUUAGCAAUGAAUUCACAGUGGGGAACAAAUUGGACACAUUCUGUGGAAGCCCGCCUUACGCUGCCCCCGAGCUUUUCCAAGGCAAGAAGUACGAUGGGCCGGAAGUGGAUGUGUGGAGUCUGGGCGUCAUUCUCUACACACUGGUCAGUGGCUCCCUGCCUUUUGACGGCCAGAAUCUGAAGGAACUGCGAGAGCGAGUCCUUCGGGGGAAGUAUCGCAUUCCCUUCUACAUGUCCACGGACUGUGAGAAUCUCUUGAAGAAACUCCUAGUGCUGAACCCCAUAAAGAGGGGCAGCUUGGAGCAAAUCAUGAAGGACCGAUGGAUGAAUGUUGGUCACGAAGAAGAAGAGCUAAAGCCAUAUUCUGAGCCUGAGCUCGAUCUCAGUGAUGCAAAAAGAAUAGACAUUAUGGUCACUAUGGGGUUUGCACGAGAUGAAAUCAAUGAUGCCUUAGUAAGUCAGAAAUACGAUGAAGUGAUGGCUACUUACAUUCUUCUAGGUAGAAAACCACCUGAAUUCGAAGGUGGUGGUGAGUCACUGUCAAGUGGAAACUUGUGUCAGCGAUCACGGCCAAGCAGUGACCUGAACAACAGCACUAUUCAGUCCCCUGCGCACCUGAAGGUCCAGCGAAGCAUCUCAGCCAACCAGAAGCAGCGGCGCUUCAGUGACCAUGCCGGCCCCUCCAUUCCCCCUGCUGUAUCAUACACCAAAAGGCCUCAGGCCAACAGUGUGGAAAGUGAGCAGAAAGAGGAGUGGGACAAAGACACAGCUCGCAGGCUUGGCAGCACCAUGGUGGGUUCGAAGAGUGAAGUAACAGCCAGCCCCCUGGUGGGUCCAGACAGGAAGAAGUCUUCGGCUGGCCCAAGUAAUAACGUAUAUUCUGGAGGUAGCAUGGCAAGGAGGAAUACGUACGUGUGUGAAAGGACCACGGACCGGUACACAGCACUGCAAAAUGGAAGAGACAGCAGUCUUACAGAGAUGUCUGCCAGCAGCAUGUCCUCUGCAGGUUCCACUGUGGCAUCUGCUGGCCCCUCAGCACGUCCCCGCCACCAGAAGUCUAUGUCGACCUCUGGCCACCCUAUUAAAGUUACACUGCCAACCAUUAAAGAUGGCUCUGAAGCUUACCGGCCUGGCAGUGCAACUCAGAGAGUGCCUGCAGCUUCCCCGUCUGCUCACAGUAUUAGUGCCAGCACUCCAGACAGGACCCGCUUUCCCCGAGGGAGCUCCAGCAGAAGCACUUUCCAUGGGGAACAGCUCCGAGAGCGGCGCAGUGCAGCUUAUAAUGGGCCACCUGCCUCCCCAUCCCACGAAACGGGCACAUUUGCACACUCCAGAAGGGGAGCGUCAACUGGGAUCAUAAGCAAAAUCACUUCCAAGUUUGUACGCAGGGAUCCAAGUGAAGGGGAAGCCAGUGGCAGAACCGACACAGCCAGAAGUGCAUCAGGGGAGCCAAAAGAACGAGACAAGGAAGAGGGAAAAGACGCCAAGCCGCGCUCUCUGCGGUUCACGUGGAGCAUGAAGACCACGAGCUCAAUGGACCCCAAUGACAUGAUGAGAGAAAUCCGAAAGGUAUUAGAUGCCAACAACUGUGACUAUGAACAGAAGGAGCGGUUCCUGCUUUUCUGUGUCCAUGGAGAUGCCAGGCAGGACAGCCUCGUACAGUGGGAGAUGGAAGUCUGCAAGCUGCCUCGGCUCUCACUGAAUGGGGUCCGCUUCAAGCGAAUAUCUGGGACAUCUAUUGCCUUUAAGAACAUUGCAUCCAAAAUAGCAAAUGAGCUUAAGCUGUAAAGAAGUGUCAGCUUCAAGGUCGGGGUAGAUGCACCCACAUCCAGGUACAGUCUUGAAUGUACUGGUGAUGCCUACUGUGGUCCACCUGUGAAUCCCCCAUGUAGAGUUUGUCCUUACUGCAAUAAGGUUAUACAUAGUUGUGAACUGUAAAAUUAAAGUCAGUUGAGCUAUCAUAAGAAUCUGUAGCUUAAAAAGUAGGUUCACAUGUACAGGUAAGUAUAUUGUGUUUUUCUGUUCAUAGAGAUGUAUAAUAAAAUACGAUUGCUUUAAAACCUGUAUAUUGUCUAGAUCUCCACACGGACGUGUACGUUUAAUGCUUUGAGUUGAAAAUGGUUCUCCCUGUUACUUACAUUUUGGUGGGUUUUUAAAAUUCUUACCUCCAUCAUGCUAUUUUGAAAAUUGUGUCCAGGAUUAAAAGCGCACAGAGAUAGUCUUUAAAAUUGUAGCAUGAACUUUAUAAAAAAUUAUUUUAAAAUCAUAUUUAAUUUAAACCAGCAGUUGACAGUGGAUCGGUGUCAUUCAGUUCUCCUGCUUUUCCCACUUCCAGCUUGUGUCAGACAAGGUGUAGUUAGGAGACACAAGAUGUUUACAGUGUCGGCACCGGACUCUUCUAAACAAAAAGAAAAUAAACCAUAGCUUUGCCUUGAGCUAACUCAGAAGUUCUGAGGGAAGAAAUUAAAUCUUUGCCAAGCUAAUUUUGCCCUUUGUUUUCUGACCUGCUAACUAGAAGCAGAGAGGGAUGGAAUCCGUGGUUCGCCUGCCUGUUCCGAAAUAAGCCAGCACUUACUUAGGUUAGCUGCCUUCGGGACACGCAGGGUGACUGUGGAAACACAAGCGUGUUGGGGCAUCUCAUAGCACAAGCUCCUCUGUAUAGUGUUGACGAAUGCAUUGACUAAGACAUGAUGCCGCCUCAGGAAUUGACUGGCAUUGGGAGCAUUUGCCCCAGUGUCUUCCCAGCCUCCAUCCACCCUUUUCCACUGAAGUAUCUUGUACUCAGAGACCUGUGAGCAGGGCGCGCUCACCACACCUGCUCAUUAGGAUGUCUGCUAGCCUGAUGGUUCACUCCACUCCCUCAGAACUCAUUUGUUUUCACUAUUUUGCCUAAGUCCCCACGUUUCUUCCACAUCAUUAUGCCUGUAAAGUGCAGCUUUGUAAGUGGUCAUUUGCCUUCUUUCAUAAUUAGUGACAUAGGCGACGACGUAAAGCCACUAGUAAAGGUACAUUUUUUAAUACUCAUUAUUUUCUACUGAAUAGCCUUGGAGGUUGACUGUGCAAUGUUAUUUAAUGUUGUAAUUACUGUAAGAUCAGCAUACGGGCUCCAUCUGCACACUCCUGAGAAGUAGGAAAUGUACUCAGAGCUUAUCUGUUGAGAGGAAAGUAAUGCUGUGAUCAAUGCUGUCAUUGGGACCUACAGAUCAAUGCUUGUCAUUGGAAACUACGCUGCUGGAAAGCCACCAGUGCAGGUGAUGGGCUGUUCCACCACAAUGGCUUCCGGUUGAAGAUGGUUUUAUCUUCUGUACUGUACUGUGAUGUAGCUUUCUUCUGUAAGUCUGUUCCAAAUGGUGUGUGUUCCUGAGCCUUAGAGAAGGGCGGUGUUGGG